GGUCAGUUUUUCACUCCAUCGUUUCGUGUCGAUGAAAAGGUUACUCUGAACGUUAAGAGACAACGCGUCAUAAUGGAUUUAAUAUUAACACACAGAUAUUAUGAAUUAAUAUUAACAUAUACACUAGUGAUCAAAAGUAUUACGAAGGAUAUUGGCAGAAAAACAGAUACGAGAAAGAAUACAUGCAUGAACAGAAAAAUAAAUGGACAUUGUUGCAUCUAGUUUAAACAUUGUUUUUGGAGUUGCAAAUUAUUCAUAUAAAAAAAGGACUUUAACACUGAGUUAUUUAACGCAUACGAUUUACGAAUGACAACUGGUACAUACCUCGUUCAAAUGAAAAUUCGUAUAAAAUUCAGACUUUUCGGUGCACAGUAAAUUUUCCUAACAAGUGCAAUAGCAAUUAAUAUGGCUACUACCAAUGUCGGACGGAUUUCGAUAAGUCGAAUCAUGCUACUCCAUCUUUAGCAGCGCUAUUCAGUGGGCUAAAAAGUGGCGCGUAAAAGUUAGUUGUUUUGUGUACAAGUUGUAACAUACAUUUAUUUAAUAUAGUUUUCUGACUGUUGAUACUUCAUUUAUAUAAUAAUUGGAUUUUAAUUUAAUCUGAGUACAUCGGUUAAUUUUUUAGUAAAUAAGAUUUUUUUUAAUCCGUUCAAAUAACAGUGGAAGUUCGACAGGAUGGUAACUAUAAAUUCUGGAUAUGAAAGAACCAUGGACGAGAUACGCGAAACUUUACGCUUGGCUAUUAUUAAAGAGCCAGAGCUGCAAAAUGUAACACAAAUUGUAUAUUCUGUGGCAGACAAUAACAUAGAGCAAUGUACAAAGUUAUUAGAACUUGACGAAGAUUUGCUAGAAACCAUCAAGGCAGGAGACAGUUUAACUUUCCAGGGGAAUAAGAAAGACUCUGUGGUAUUGUGUACAAAAAAUAAAACAUAUGAUAUUAAAGAAGCAGAAACAUCCAACUCCUGUUUGGUGGUACCAAACUUAAAUUUAUUUGAGCAGACUAAUAUAGAUACAAAUGAACGAAUAAUGAAGAACUAUAAUAUCUCAGGAGUUUUUCAUAGAUAUUAUGAGGUGAGGGAAGGUAAACCUAAGCUAGAUAGAUUAAUUAGUACACUUGAGCCUACUUCUUUCAAAGGAAUAGAAUAUGAAUCCACAAUAUCCAAAGAACAUCUAUAUGAUUGGGAUAAAUUAAGAAGUGAAAUACAGGCCAGUGAAGAUGAAUUAAAUAAAGCAUUAAAUGAUUAUUUGAUAACUAAUAUUGAUGGUUAUUUUCGUAUAAUAUCAUUUGAGUUUGAGAUACGAAGUUUAACUUUAAUGUUAGAUCUAUUUGAGGAAAAUAGUUGGGAAAUAGAUGAAGUGGAUAAAGAAAUCACAUAUGAAUCCAUAAAGGAAUUACUUCCUGAAUGUGUGUUUGAUAUUAUAUUUGCAAAGUAUACAGAAGUGAGUGAUAAAUUAAAACCAGAUGGAACACCUCUGUAUAGGUAUAAGGAAGGAAAAUGCUGCAAAAGUUUAGCAAAGGUUCUUCUGUCCGCUUCACCAGUAACAGAACAUAAGCAAUUUAUGGAAUCAUGGUCUAUUGGUACUCCCGAAAAAAUGAAACCAAAAGAAGAAUAUUUGAGUGGUAUAGCUCUGAUUACAUGGAAUAGUUCAACACUGAAGAAAGAAGUAGUAUCGUUUCUGGAAACAGAUUUGUCAAGGAAUAUCUAUGAUAGGUUCAAUGAACUUUUCAAAGCAAAAGAUAAAUGGACAGUCGAAGAAAUAACACCAUAUGUAUUAAACUUGACCACGAAUCAAAUGAAUGUUAAUGCUCUGCUGACUAAAUACGCUAGAUGUUCAACGGUAAAUGGCGUUAAAUAUUAUAGCUCGAAGCACGGUAAAUAGUCGAUUGAAAAUGGUUCAUGAUACUGAAAUCAUUCACGUUGUUUAUUUCGCUCGUGAUCAUGAUACAUAGUUACAUUUACACAAUUUUAUAAAUAUCUUUGAAAUAUUAUUACGCACUGUGCUCACUUUUAUCAUUCUUCGUCUGGUUGAUAACAGUAACACGAUCGAUCAUCGUAGACUGCCGUCGCUUCAAUACUUGUUCCUUCUCAAAGGACUGCAUUUGUAGUUCGGAGAACAACUACCUGUACUAACAAUGACAAAUGGCUUGUAUCUUUAUCUUUUCGUCGUCGAUUACAAAAUUUAUAUCAUGUAACAUGAUUGCGGAACAACUUUAGCUGCAAAGCUAAAAUAAAAGGAAAACAAAGCAUUCGAUAGUGUUCAAUUCACGGAAACUUGAAUGAAUGACUCGAUAAUAGAGCGAUUAAUUAAAUUUAUCUCGAAGAUAUACGGAUCUCCUAAAUUUUUAUAGCUGCGGAUCGCGCGUAUAGUGAAUUUUGUUCUUCGUCUUAAUUUACAUCAUCACAUAUUAUGAUACUCGACACGACACAGUUGCGGUAAUUACACGUAACAUAAAAAGAAGAACGCGAUGGAAAUUAUACUUUACAGAAUAAAGAUUAUAAUAUUGCAGAGAAUGUAAACAUCAUAGUACAUAAUACAAUUGAAAACAAAAACCUAC